AUGGAGAUGGCUCAGCAGAAAGGUAGGUCCCUGCCCUUGUUUUAGACUCUUUUUGGGAGGACUUUACGUUUUUCGGAGAGAUUUCCCAGUUUUUUGUGAGGAAGUGUUGUUGUUUUUAUGAUUUUUACGACAGUUUUCACGUAAAAGAGUUUCAUUUUGCGAAAAGCGCAGGAGAAAGGGGGUUUGGAACCGGUUCAAGACCAAAUUCAAUGGAAAAUAGUACGUUUUGGGGCUUAAAAAGGGCUCGUGGACGAACAGUCUCCUAAUUUCUUUUUCCAGAGUUCAAGAAAUCAAACAGCAAAAAUUGUUGGAAUUUAGGAGGGGAUUUAGUCGAGGUGCAAGAUUCAGAUUUUGAUGAAACUUGGCACAAACUUGGAGUAGUAUUUGCGAAAAUAUUUGAGAGUUUUUUAGACCGCGCUUUGCAGAAACAAAGGCGAUUUUUUGGUCAAAAAAUUUCGAACUUUUGCUUUUUCGAUUUUUUAAACAAAAGAAAGUUUAAAUGUAGGGUAAUAUUUUUCUUUACAAAAAAUCGAAUUCUGUUCCAAAUUUGCAAAGGGAAAUGGCUAAAAAGAUUCUCUGACUUUUCUCAUUUUUUCCAUAGUCUCUCGCCAGAAAUGAUUACCUCGUCUCUCCCUUCAAAUCACAGUCUAGAAUCCUGAAAUAAGCCCUAGGUAGAGUAAAUAUGCCAAAUUUAAACCCAACCUGUAUUUGAAAAAUUACCUUGCGCAAAUUUCGUAUCUCCUCAAAACAAAUCAUUUCAGAAGUCCUGGGGCAAUGUCUGAUCUGCGGUGAGGACUCGUUCGGGAAACACUAUGGCUGUCCAUUGAGUUGCCUGGGCUGCAAAACCUUCUUCCGUCGCGCCGUGAUUCACAAACAAGACACCAAAUGCAAGAAGCCGGGGAUCUGCGAGAACGAGGUUUCGGCCAGGAGAUUGUGUCGCUCCUGUCGAUUCAAGAAAUGCCUGGAGAUGGGGAUGAGUGAAGAGGCUUUGCAGCCAAGAAGAGAUGUGAUCGGACGGAGAAGAAGGCCCAUUCAACAGAAAAGUGUCUCCGAAACAAUCCCUGAAGAGCCUACCACAAGUUCGAACAGUGCCAGUCCAGAAACGAUCAGUCCCAAUGCAGAUCUGCUCCAUCUGAUAUCACAGUUAACCGAGAAUGACAAGGCCACAAGAGCCAAGAAAUUUGACUUGAUUAGAUCGAGGACUGAGGCCAAAAGAUUGGCCAAAACGGUCAAGGCGGGAGGCGUGGUAAGUAAAAUUUUUAAACCAAUCAUAUAAAGGCCAGAAUGGGAAGAGGUCAAGUUAAAGUUAACAGCAUUACUUCCAGGACGACGCUGACAAGCCUCUGAUGAUCAUGCUGGGACCAGAUAUAUCAACAGUUACGCAGAUCGACCUUCAAAUGUUGUUGGAGUGGACCAAAACCUUGCCUUGUUUUAUGAACUUGCCCAUUCAUGACAGAUUAACUUUACUUAAACGGUCAGUUUGGAAAUUCAUUCGCUUAAUCGGACCUAGAAUCGUGGAAUCUUUGGAUAUUUAAAAUUAAAAGUCUUGGUUCAAGAUAAGAAUUUGGACUAUGUAAUACCAAGUCUUUCUCUUUAUUAUUUGUCCAAAAUCACAUAAAAUUAAUCGUUAGACUUUGAGAAAAGGCUGUUCCAAAGCAAUGUCAUCUAUCUACUGUAAUGUAAUUUCCAGGUUCGCCGUCUAUCACUUGAUACUCGAACACGGCUACUACACUGCUCAAUUGGACGUCAAAGACGUGUGGUUAAUAUCAAACGGGACUUGUAUGCCUCGGGAUGUGAAUGUUUUGCCCGAGGAAAUAAAACCCCUGGUUUCGGAGGAUCGGGCAUGGAGACAGGAGAAAUUGUACAAAACAAUGACCGAGAAAUGCAUCGACGAGGUCGCCGUUCCAUUAAAGAGGCUCCAAUUGCUGCCCGAAGAAUUAGUCACUCUCAAAAUUAUCAUGUUGUUCAACUACGGAAAUCAUGUUCAACAUGGUAGGUGAUGGCUAAAAUAAUAUAAAUUUUGGUCGGCAAAAUUGAUUUUGUGUAAAAAAUAAGAAUCCAGAGCGUCGUCACAGAAAUCUCUUUCAGAUUCCGAAGAUGCUGUUAUGUACAUAACCGACGAGUCGAGGAAAGUGAUAUUAGAGUGGAAAGAUCGGAUAAUUCAAGCGCUCUUCCAAUAUUACCGCAAGAUUGGAUACAAAAACUAUGAAGGUAAGUCCUACAUUUCAAUCAAAAAAUGUGAUAUUCCUCAAUUUUUUGCCUAUUCCGUAUACAAAAAUGACUCAAAAAAAUUAAAACUUUUGACGAAAUGUCACAAAUUUUAGUCGUUUCUCGUUGAGUUAUGUGGAAUUGAUCGAACUUAUUUUUUUGUUCUUAUCAAACUUUAAAGCCGUCCAGUAAUUCUCCAAAUGUUUUCAGAACGAUUCGGAAAUGUGAUUCUGACGAUUUCGGGGAUUGUUUCGGCCGCUUCGGCCGUCCUCGAGAGCUACCAAGUGAUGAGAUUGUUCAAGAUCGUGCCGUUCGACCAUAUCUCCGAGCAAUUGCUCUUCCAAAUCGACGAUUAA